CAUCGAUCUUCGACGAAAGCGUCAUAUCAUCGCUGCCAUACUCCUUUGAAAGGUUCGCUCUCUCGCUGCGUCUUUAACGUCAGCAUCUACACCUGUUCGAUCCCGUCGACACCGAUAACCAACGGCGGACAAAGUGCACAGCUGCAUUAACGACGUCUAUAUCGAUUAAUAUUGGCAUAAGACCUCUGCUUCCUACUUUACUGCAGUAUCCCGCACAGCCCUCGUCAAUUCUCUCCCUCUAGUUCGUCGAUCCACUCGUUCAAUUGACAACUCCCGGUGUGAUACGAGAAACGUCAUAUAGGUCCUCAACAUGCCAAAGAGACCAAACGGACCCAAUAUUAUCAUCUGCGGAACCCCGGGAACCGGCAAAACAACCCACGCCGAACUCCUCGCCUCCCAAACCUCCCUAACCCACCUAAACCUCGGCACCCUCGUAAAAGACCACAAACUCUACGAAUCCUACUCCCCAGAAUGGGACUCCUACAUCGUCGACGAAGACAAACUCCUUGACCACCUGGAGCCCCUCAUCCCCACAGGCGGUCUAAUCCUUGACUGGCACACCUGCGAUAUCUUUCCCAAAAGUUGGAUUGAUUUAGUUGUUGUGUUAAGGACUGAUAACACGAUGUUGUGGGAUCGGUUGGAGGGACGGGGGUAUAAUGUGGAGAAAAUCCAGGAGAAUAAUGAGGCGGAGAUUAUGCAGGUUGUGUUGGAUGAAGCGAGGGAGGCUUAUGAUGGGGAGAUUGUGGUGGAGUUGAGAAGUGAGAGUGCUGAGGAUAUUCAGGGAAAUGUGGAGAGGAUUGAGCAGUGGAUGGAGGCGUGGAAGGAGAUGGAGCAUCAAAGUGAGGAUGAGGAGGAGAAUGUUGACGAGGACUCGGAUUAG